GCACUCCAGCACGAGGGUGACGAUGCAGCCAAGGAGGCAGGAGGAGGCCCAGCUUUGAAUUUGCAGGGAGACUCUGACCUGCAAAGACGGGCCCGGAAGCUGCUUCUGGAGGCCUUGCGUACGUGGCAAGCUAAUGGCUGUGACUGUGGUGCCAUUGAGCACGUCUUGCGAUAUCUUCAGAACCAGAUCUUUAAGUUUGAGGCCACCGUGGGAAAGAUUGAGAGCGCUGCUGCGGGAGCAACAUGGUCAUCUAUCAAGCAGAUCGUCCACGCACUCUUGCUAUGUAAGGAGGUUCUCUUACCUGAAUCCAGCAGCUGUUUGCAAUCGCGGCCUCUGGUGGUCGAUCCGCCGAGUGCUUUGCAUGCGACACCAUCCAUGGACUCUCCGGGAUGUAGCCCUACGCAAGCUGCGGAGGAGCGGAAGAGUUCGAACCGGUCGCGCGGACGCCUGGAAAGACAAAGCGGUAUCCAGAACAUCUGCUGGGAGUCUACAUUCCCCAGUUGGAGAAUACGAUGGUACACCUCAGCACGCAAGAGACGAAGCAAGACAUUCCCGCUAGAUCCCUUCAUGAAGCAAGGGCUGAGCGAGGAUGAGGCCAUUCAAGCUGCACUGCGGCAGGACCCCCAGACCUCCCUGAAAGUGCUGCAGGCCAAAGCUUUCCGACGUGAGCUGGAACCGUUACCGGUGAAGAAGCUCUCAGAGCUUCAGCACUUUGAGCCCCUGGGGCCACAGAAAGGAGUUACAUGGAGCCUGGGUCAGCAAUGUUGGCGUGCUGCCACCUACGCGAAGGGCAAACAGAAGCACAUGCGAUUUUACCCCAAAGAUCUGUCUGAAGCGGAGGUGGGAACAGCGUGGAGGCAGGCUCUAGCAUGGCGAGAAGAGCAGCAGAAACAUCGUCAUGCUCAACUGUGA